AUAUAUCCUUUACAACAUAUAUGGAACAAUAUAUGACUUCUGGUGCACCUUAUCUUAAAGGCCUCUAUUAUCCAAUCAAUGAACGACCUAAUGGAAUAAAAAGAGAACAAGUAGUAAGACUUAUUCGAGAAGCAGCCAAAAUGAUUAUGGAUGGCUUUUCUAUACCAGUGAAUCCAAUAGAAAACUUAGCAACAGAUGGAAAAUUAUAUAUUGAAAUGUGUGAAAAAGAUAAAGAAUUUUGCAGUCUUACUACAGAUCGAGCAGAAGGUGUUCCUUUUGGUUGUUAUCAUUUUUGGGUCGACGAAGUUAUUCAUGAACGUGGAGCAUGGAGAAGUCAACGUAAACCUGAUGGGAGUAUAAAAUCAGAUUGUCCAUUCAAUCGUACGUUAUUAUAUGAAUUAAGAAAAAAAUAUGGUAUUCAUCAUUACGACACACUGGAGACUAAAGAAAAUAUUACUAAUAUUAGUGAAAAUGUUUAA